AUGUCUUCAAACUCACACAUCCACAUCUAUCCCAUAUCAACAUAUUUCAACUUGGAUGGAAAUAUUGCAUGUACUCAGUUUUGCCUGCCAGAAGAAAAUGAUCUUCUUGAAGACGAUAGUCUAGUUGUUGCCCAACACUUAACACAAGAACAAUUCCAAUUUGAAUUUCCACCCAAACAUCGUUUACAAGAAUUAGCUUAUUUAGAUACAUUAGAAGACGAAUAUUCAUUUUUUGAUCCAUGUUCAUUUACCACAACGGUAUAUUCUCCGGCUGAAAUUACUAGAGCAAACUAUCUCAUUUACAAUAAUAACAAUAAUACAGCAUGGCAUGAUACCAUCAACGAAGAGGGCGAAGAAGACGAAGAAAAAGCUCAAAUAAUUGAUGAUAGCAGGCUAUCACCUCUUCAAUUACCAGCACAGGUUGAUAAGAAAGCCGCUGCUGCUGUAAAUCACUUAUUAACAACUGAAAAGCCUGUCGGACCAGCAUCCUUUUUAUCCCAUGCUCAAAAUGAUCACAUGUAUCCGAAACAAGUCGCACAAAGUGAAAUGCAACGACAAGAAAAUGACAUGCAUCGAGUCAAUGCCAAUAACAUGCUGAAAGAUGACGUCGAAGAGGACUAUAACAACUUACGCGUUUACUACAAUGAGUCAGUUCCUAUAAUGGAUCCUGAUUUCGAUAGCUGCACUGAUAGUUCCAGCAGUGUUCGUACAACGGAAUCUAGAAUUGUACUGAUCAAAUUAAACAAAUUAGUUAAGCCUCCACAUUCAACUACUGCCAGUAACUUCCAACCCCUACAACAACAACCUCUUAUAACCUAUAUCAUCAAUGAUGAAGGUUACAUUGACGGUGACAUUGAAGAAGAAGAAGAACUAGAAUCUAAAUGUGUCUUCUACCCUCUCAGUGCUGAAGAGGAGGCUUUAGAUGAUCUAUCUGCCAUUCAAAAUGAAGCUGCUACUAAAAUUCAAGCUGUUUGGCGUGGUUAUUGCAGCCGUCGACAAAAUCAUCGCCAUUUCACUCCUUUCAAUGUAUCUCAACAAGCCAUUCUUAACUUGGCGGGCCUUUGUAGUCGCUUUCAUCACCGUCAGGUCUCAGCCGUUAACGACAGAUUGAAACAGCUUCAGCAACAACUUAGAGAAGAAACAGCAAUGAGAACUGCAUUUGAAAAGGCGAUGGAAGAUAUGACAGUAUUAAUUGACCAACAACAAAAGGCGUUAUACGAUCGUUUGGAAAAAGAGGAACAAGCACGACACUUGUACGAAGAAAAGUUAUCUGCUGCAUUUGCUCAUAUUGACAAGCUAGAGCAGAGACUCGAAGCAGAAGUGAAGACAAGAAAUAAGCUAGAAGACAUGGUAACACGCACUUUGUGCCAAAUGCAGGAAACAGAAAGUUUGAAAUGUAAGCAAGCAAUAGAAGAUGCUGAAUUGAGAAGAAAAAUGCAAGCAAAGAUUGAUAAACUUACCGAAGCUGCAGCAAACAGCACUCGGAAACCACAAACCACAAGCAAAACCAAUAUCAGAACAACUAAUGCCAUUGUUUCCAAAACAUCCUCACUAAAGACCGCAGAUGUAUUUGAAGCCAAUAAUACCACUACCGUUCGUCGAUCAGUUAUACCAGCAACUAACAAAAUUACCUCUACGACUAAUACCAGUACUACUAAAUUACCUAAUGGAAAUAAUACCCGCCGCAUAACUCGCACCAAUCUUAACAAUACCUUUUCAUCGAUGAACACAGUCAAAUCAUUAACAAAAAAAAGUAAUAACAUUGCAUCAUCAUCAUCAUCAUCAUCAUCAUCUAAUAAGAGCAAACAAUAUACACGAGAAGCUUCAGUGCUUGCACAACAAAAGCGACGAACCACAGCAACUUCAACUACUAAACGUACCCUCGUACCAUCAAAAAAAUGA